AAAUCAUGUUACAUGUUGAUAAUAGUGACGGCCAAUGAACUUUUCGUAACCGGUUGAUAACAGAACAAGUAGAAUAUCUACUUGCCGAUUUUCUUACGGAAUUUUUUAUUAAAAAAUAUAUACACAGUUUAAAUACAUACAAAAGUAUCGCACGUAGUGAUAUUAAUAUUGUUAGUAAUUAAUUAACGAUUACAAUAUGUUAUUUUUUAAAACGCCCAUGAUAAAAAAAAUUUCCCAUGUUGGCCUAAUUAAUCUCCGUGCUUAUAGUUCCAAAGUAAAAUUAAAUGAUGUAGUCAUAGUCAGUGCAGCCAGAACCCCUAUGGGUUCCUUUCUUGGAUCACUCUCUAAUUUAUCUGCAACUAAACUUGGAGCAGUUGCUAUACAGGCAGCAAUUGAACGGGCUGGUAUAGCUAAAGAUCAAGUGAAAGAAGUAUACAUGGGAAACGUUUGUCAAGCUUAUCUUGGUCAAGCUCCAGCCAGACAAGCUACUUUAUUCGCUGGGCUACCCAAGUCAACGGUCUGUACCACGGUAAAUAAAGUCUGUGCGAGUGGUAUGAAGAGUAUUAUGCUUGCUGCACAAUCAUUACAAUGUGGACAUCAAGAAAUUGUACUUGCUGGUGGAAUGGAAUCUAUGUCCAAUGUACCAUUUUAUCUUAAAAGGGGUGAAACUAUGUACGGUGGUAUAAAACUUGAGGAUGGCAUUGUAUUUGAUGGCUUGACUGAUGUAUAUAACAAAUGUCAUAUGGGUAACUGUGCCGAAAACACUGCUAAAAAAUUUAAUAUCACACGACAAGAACAAGAUAAAUAUGCAAUUAAUAGUUACAAGCGUAGUGCUGCAGCCUAUGAAAAGAAAAUUUUUAAUGAUCAAAUUGUACCGGUUAAUGUACCUCAGAAGAAAGGUAAACCAGAUGUUAUUUUUGCAGAAGAUGAAGAAUACAAAAAAGUGAACUUUGACAAAUUUGACAAAUUAAAUACUGUUUUUCAGAAAGAAAAUGGAACUGUAACUGCUGGAAAUGCAUCCACAUUAAACGAUGGUGCUGCUGCUUUAAUUUUAACAACCACCGAUGUAGCACAAAAGUUAAAUCUGAAACCUUUGGCUCGUAUAGUAGGUUUUCAAGAUGCUGCAACCGAUCCCAUUGAUUUCCCAAUUGCACCUGCUCUCGCUGUUCCCACUCUGUUACAAAAUGCUGGGUUAAACAAAAAUGAUAUAACUCUUUGGGAAAUUAAUGAAGCUUUUAGCGUUGUGGUUGUAGCUAAUCAAAAAUUACUUGACAUCGAUCCUUCGAAAGUAAAUAUACACGGUGGUGCGGUAUCUCUUGGACAUCCAAUAGGGAUGUCGGGAGCUCGAAUAGUCGUGCAUUUGGUGCAUGCCUUAAAGUCUGGAGAGAAAGGUGUUGCAUCUAUUUGCAAUGGUGGAGGUGGUGCUUCCUCGAUUUUAAUUGAAAAAUUGCUUGGCUUGAAGAGAAAAGUGGAGGUGGUAAAGAAAGAAAGAAAGAAAGAAAGAAAGAAAGAAAGAAAGAAAGAGGAAGAAGAAAGAAGAAGAAGAAGAAGAAGAACGUCGAUGCACCGUGUACGUAGGAGCGAGGGUAAGCUUCUCAGAUGGCGUUGCGAUCGUCGAACUCGAUCGGUUCACGAACUUUUGAAAGGGCCGCCGCUCCUUAGGAACCAGUUGCUGCAGGUCGUCUCGAAAUACGGACGUGAAAUCUCGUCUCUCCGUGAAGUACGUUUGAUUAAUUUACGGAAUAACAAUAUUUUAUUUGAUCAUUAAACAAAUGGACAAAUUAAGAUAAUGAAAGAUAAGGACGAUUAUCGAUAACCACAAGGGAAAAUCUAGAGCGUUAAAAGAAGAGAAUAUUUUCGUAUCGCGAGGUUAAGAACGAUGAUUUUUUUUCUUCGGUGCACCG